AUGGCGGCGACGCAGCAGCAAGUCCUGCUCUCCCCCGCGGAGCUUGCUUAUUUGCACGCCUCGCUGUCGCUCACGCCGCCCAUCCGCCCCGACGGCCGGUCGCCGGCGCAGUUCCGCCCCCUCAGCGCCGAGACGGGCAUCCUGCCGGGCACAAACGGCAGCGCGCGCAUCUGCUUCGCGGACGGCACCGAGGCCAUCGUCGGUGUCAAGGCCGAGGUCGAGAAGACGCGGCCGCGAUUCGCUGCGGGGAACGUCCUGCCCGAAGCGGCGCUGCUAGAGACGGGCGGGGAUGCGGACACCGAGGAGGAGGGAGAGGUGCGCGAUGAGCGGAGCGGCGACAGUGACUGGGUUGAGAUGACGGUGGAGAUCCCCGGCCUGCGGGACGACGAUGCGGGCACGGUGUUCCUUGCAACGAUGCUGAGCGAGGCGCUGUUGGCCGAUGGAGAGUUUGUGAAGAGGCUUUGGAUCAACAGGAGGUUUCACUGGAAGCUCUAUCUCGACGUAGGUCACUUCUAA